AUGACAUCAACAGCAGCACCAACCAACCUCAUCGUCGUCUGCUGCCACGGCAUCUGGACCGGCGGCCCCACCAACGGCCGCGCCGAGUCCGAGUGGCUCAUCGCCGACUUCCAGACCGGCGAGACCCCGACGUUUAUCGAGCACAUCAAGGCCGGGCUGACGGCGCUGCGGGACGGGUACCCGGAUUCCGCGCUCGUGUUUUCGGGAGGCCCGACACGCAAAGAAACACGCCUCUCCGAAGCAGAAUCCUACGCCAACCUCGCCGCCGCAAACGCCUACUUUGGCAUCCUCCCUCCCCCCUCGUCUUCCUCUCCUACUUGUCCCUCCCCCUCCUCAUCAUCAUCACCUCCCAUAACAUCCCUCAUCCACACCGACACCCUCGCUCUAGACUCCUACCACAACAUCCUCCACUCCGUCCUCCUCUUCCGCCGCCUCUACUUAACCUACCCUCGGACCCUAACAAUCGUAAGCCACGCCUUCAAGAGGCCGCGCAUCCUCGACGGCCACUGCGCUGCUAUAGGGUUUCCCUUGGAUCGGGUGAGGUAUGUCGGGAUCGAUCCGCCCGGGAUGAAGGGAGCUGGUGCUGGUGCUGGUGCUGCCUCGAUCACCACAACCGGCGCCCCCGAGGCGGAGACCAAUGGAGAGGACGACGGCAACGACGGUGUUGGUAAUGGUUUCAAAGCAGGAGCCAUCGCGGGCGUAAAGCACGCCGCGGACGAGUGGACGGUUGACCCGCACGGCGUGGGCCUGAGUUUAGCGGGCAAGAGGAGAGCGAGGAAUCCGUGGGGUUUGGAAGAUACCCUUUUCGCGAGCGAGGAGGAGAGGAGACAGAGUGGUCUCGUCACUAGGAUCAUAGACGGGCACGAGGCACUCGUGGAAGAUGCAAAGAGGCCGUGGGCUUAG